CCGUGUGUGUGUGUGUGUGUGUGUGUGUGUGUGUGUGUUGGAACAGCUGAAGUCUGGCCCUGGAUCGUCUGGAAUGCGGUAGAUGGUGAGAGAAACGGGACUUUUAUGGAAACUAGGAGCUUGAAACGUAACUUCACCCAAACGACAUUCAGUCUGACUACGAAGAACGAAGUACACGCGCUUCUCUGUGCUUCAACAAGUUUGGAUUAUAGUUCGUCUUUUUUAUUAGAUUAAAUACUUUAUUUACGGAGCGCAUUCUUAGAGGAGACGGGCGCUGGAUAACUUGUAAAAGGUGCCUUCUGAACAAUAGCGCUCACACACUGAAUCAAGUGCCCAGUCAACGGGUCAAAAAGGAGCAGCCAUGACUGACGUGGCACAAAAAGCAGAGAUCCUUCUUUCUUCUUCCAAACCUGUUGCGAAAAGCUAUGUGCCCAAACUGGGCCAGGGGGAUGUAAAGAAUAAGUUUGAAGCCAUGCAGAAAGCAAGGGCAGAGCGAAGUCAUAAAAGAAGUGUGGAUGAACAUCAAAGAAGGAGGGAGCAGUACAUUAGAGAGAAAGAGUGGAACAGGCGAAAGCAGGAGAUUAAAGAACUUCUUGCCUCUGAUGAUGAAGAAGAGGUUAAGCCAGCAAAACCAGAAAAAAGCUACGUGCCAAAGAUAACAGGGAGUGUAAAGGGUAAAUUUGCAGAAAUGGAGAAGCAAAGACAAGAGGGACAGAAAAAGAGAACUAAGGAGGAAAGACAGAGGCGCCUCACACAGGAUUUAGCGGAAAAGAAGAAGAUUCAACGAGAGCUGGCCAAGAAAGCUGAGGAGAUCGAUGACAUUAUAUAUACUGGAUGUGACUCAGAAGUAAAGGAAGGCGAUGAUUCACUUCUCAUCAAAGUAGUUCCAGUAAAACAUUCAAAAUCCCCUGGCAAGAUUAAAGUAAACUUUGAAGAUCUAGAAAAAGCGAGAGAAGAGGAAGAGAAGCAGAAAAUUGAGGGUGAGAAGAAGAAAAGAUAUGAAGAGCACAGGCGUUCCUUCCGUGAAGCUAAACGUCUUUCAGUCUCGGAUGACAGUGAAACGCAAACCAAAGAAGUGAAGGAACAAACCACUCCUGGGAAGCUGAAGCUGACGUUUGAGGAAAUUGAAAGGGAAAGGCAGGAGCUGAGGAAGCAGCAGGCCGAGGAGGCGGCAAAGCAGCGGCUGGAGGAGGAAAAGCGUGCCUUCGAGGAAGCAAAACUUCACAUGGAAAAUAAUGACGAGGAAGAACAAGGAGCCCAGUCUGUGAAAGAUGAGUUCCGCCCCGGCAAAUUGAAACUUAGCUUUGAGGAGCUGGAACGGCAAAGAAUAGAGGAAGAAAGGAGAAAAGCAGAAGAAGAAUCUAAAAGGCGUAUUGAAGAAGAAAAGAAAGCGUUCGCCGAAGCCAGAAAGAGCAUGGUCUUUGAUGACGAUGACGAAAUUCUUGCUGCGAUUCUUAUCAAAGAAAGUGUCAAACCAGGGAAACUAAGUAUCAGUUUUGAAGAACUGGAAAGGCAGCGGCGUGAGGAAGAGCAUCGGAAAACAGAGGAAGAAUCCAGAAAAAGGCUUGAGGAAGAAAAAAGGCUGUUUGCAGAAGCCAGGAAGAGCAUGAGUCCAGGCCAGGAUCAGGAAAAUUCGAUCAUGAAGAAUUAUGGAGAUGAAAUACUAGAUGGGGACGAACAAGGCCUUGUGAAAAGUGAGUCUCAAGAAGCACUCGCCCGAGGGAAACUGGAAAUUAAUUUCGAGGAGCUGCUGAAACAAAAGGAAGAAGCAGAACGAAGACGUACAGAGGAGGAGCGCAAGCAAAAACUGGAAAUGGAACAGCAAGAGUUUGAGCAAAUGCGACUAGAAAUGGAAGAGGAUGAAGUAAAUGAAAGCAUUGAAGUUUUAAGUACCGAGUAUGAAGAAUUGAUUAAGCUAAAGAGAACUGGCUCAAUUCAAGCUAAGAACUUGAAGUCCAAGUUUGAAAAGAUCAAACAACUCACAGAAGAGGAAAUUCAGAAGAAAAUUGAUGAAGAGAGGGCCAGAAGAAAAGCCAUUGAUCUUGAAAUCAAGGAGAGGGAAGCUGAAAGAGUUCAAGAGGAAGAUGAAGAGGAGAGCGGGACUCAAGCUGCCAGAAUUGAUGCUCCUUUUAAACACAAAGUGGACAUGCGGGCUCGGUUUGAGCAGAUGUCCAAAGUCAGAGAAGAGGAGGAUAGAAAGAGAAUUGAGGCACAGAAAUUGCUAAGAAUGCAGUUUGAACAAGAGGAAAUUGAUGCAGCAUUGCAAAAGAAAAAAGAUGAUGAGGAAGAGGAAGAGGGAAGUAUCGUUAAUGGGUCAACAUAUGAAGAUGAAGAGGAUCAUGCAAGAUCUGGGGCUCCAUGGUUCAAGAAGCCUCUUAAAAACCAGUCAGUGGUUGAUGCGGAACCAGUUCGAUUUACAGUGAAAAUCAAUGGAGAACCAAAGCCGGAGGUGACUUGGUGGUUUGAAGGGGAAAUGCUGCAGGACUGUGAGGACUAUCAGUAUAUUGAAAGAGGAGAAACCUACUGCCUUUACCUCCCCGAGACCUUCCCUGAAGAUGAAGGAGAAUACAUGUGCAAAGCAGUGAACAGUCGUGGCACAGCUGCUAGUACUUGCAUUCUCACCAUUGAAACUGAGGACUAUUGAUGCCCUAUUUUAUUGGAACGUUUCCCCUCUCCUUCACUUUUUCUCCAUCUUUCCUAUGGUGGGGCCAAAACAAACAAAAAAACAAACAUUUUUCAAUUUGGAAAUAACUUGCUUUAUUUUGUCAUUCCUCCAGUGGUUAAACAUUAUGGUCUAGAAAACACAUGAGCAUUGUUUACAUACGGAUCUGUUUUUGUUCAUGGUAUUAACGACAAGGUUCAGCCUUCGAAGCACUCCGUAAUGGCAGUAGCAUACCGUCAAUGCAUGCUACUCGUGCCACUAUGACCCAUGUUAAAUAUGAUUGUCGUAUUGGUACAUACUUCAUAAAAUGAUGCACCAUGGUAUACCCUUGAGGGGAAAUAGGUUUUCCUUAAAUGAUAGUCUGUCACUUUGGCUAUAAAGACAGUAAAUAAGUCUCCAAUGUUAAGAAUUAAACAUGUCAUUUUACAUAAAGUACAUACAACUGCAGUAUGUUACAUGUAACUGCAGCUCUAAAGUUAAUGACCUAAUUCAAAAGCAUUUAUUAACCCUCAAGAGCUGGUCAUGCAUUGAAUAAUUGUGUUUAUUUCAAGGUGUUAUAAAAGUUGAAGGUUCUUGUUAGAAACUAAAGUUAAGGACGACCUAGAAGUCUAUUAACUUCUAUUUAUAUUUGCAUUUGACAAUUCAUGGUAAAAAUGAAGACAAGCAGAUUACAUUGGGUUGUGAAAUAUGAAACAUUUACAAUUGUAUAGCAACAUUGGCUAGCUACUUACUCAUUUACAUGGUUAUGGCUUAAUUUCAUUGCAGAUUUUAGUAACUAUCAAAACAUCAUUAAGUGUUUGUACAAACAAGUUUAAUGUAACAAGAACACUGACAGUUCUAAAAUAAAUAAAAAUUAAAACUGCCUUUUUAUUGCCUCAGAUGUGUUAAAACUGCAUGAUACAGAUUAACCCUAACAAAGUAACUAUGCCAUGAAUCACCUCAUUUAUGGUUGACUAACAACCAGUUAAGCACACCACAGGUUUAUUUAUUUUUUUAUUUGCUUGUGUUUUCACAGAAACAAGAUGUUCCAGUCUUCAAAUACAUACAAUGGCAUGUUCCCCAUAAUUGACAAAGCCCUAAAAAAAGGUACACUACCAAAGCACAACAAUCUAGGUUUGAAACAGUAAAUAGUCUCUAUUUUAAAGCCCGGUCUCUCAAUUUAUUGUGCCAAUACCCAAAUGAUUUACAUAUUUUUUUAUUGUUUUAAAGCCAGUGUGUGAACAGCAAGCAGACAGAAAAAGUGCAUGUGUGAGAGAAUUGCGAUGGGGAGUCACCAAAUCUUCAGAGUUAAAGAAAUACUAACAAAUGAAGUUAUUUUUUUCCUAGUGAAAAUAAAAUGAUCUUACAGGGACAUGCGGGUCGCACGUGGCCCGUUUAUCAUCUGACUGCGGCCCACGUAUUAAUUCAAUUUCACUUUGUUGACUUGCUUUCUCAUAAAAAGCAGAACACCGUUUUAAUUUGUACUGUGGAGGGCAAUUGCUUGUCAUCAACUUAAGUCUCCAAUUGAUUUCAUGAGUCUUCCUCUCCUUUCUGAAAUGCACAAACCCGCUGCACUGAAAAGAACCCAUUCCCAGCAUAGGAGGCUUUUGUGACUUUUGCUAGUGCAUUGUUGUCUGCUAUAAGUUAACUACGCGCCAACUAAAAUAAAAACCACUCCAGCAAGUAGCUAUUUAAUUUGCUUUGUACUAUGCAAUGCGUGUGUAUAUGGUAACAGUACAAUAUUAAUGCUGUUUUUAACUAUGUAUUUUGUAUGAUGUGUCUGUGCAGUACGAAAUAAAACAAACAGCAAUUCUAA